AUGGCGGAGCACUUGGCGUCGAUUUUCGGAACAGAGAAAGACAGAGUGAACUGUCCGUUUUAUUUCAAGAUCGGAGCUUGUAGACACGGUGACCGAUGCUCUCGUCUACACACCAAACCAAGCGUCAGCCCUACGCUUCUCUUAUCAAACAUGUACCAGCGUCCUGAUAUGAUCACCCCUGGUGUUGAUGCCCAGGGUAACCCGAUCGAUCCUCGCAUGAUCCAGCAACACUUUGAGGAAUUUUAUGAGGAUCUAUUUGAGGAGCUAAGCAAAUAUGGAGAAAUUGAGAGCUUAAAUGUCUGUGACAAUCUUGCUGACCACAUGGUGGGUAAUGUUUAUGUUCAGUUCAGUGAGGAAGACCAUGCUUCCAAGGCACUUAAGAAUUUGUCUGGGAGAUUUUAUGCUGGUCGUCCGAUUAUUGUGGAUUUCUCCCCAGUGACUGACUUCCGUGAAGCGACCUGUAGGCAGUAUGAGGAGAACGCUUGUAACCGUGGUGGGUACUGCAAUUUUAUGCAUCUUAAAAGAAUUGGCAGGGAGUUGAGGCGUCAGUUAUUUGGGAGUUACCGAAGCCGAAGUCGAAGCAGAAGCAGAAGCCCGUACAGGCAUCGUAGCUACGAAGAGCAUUCGCAUAGUGGGCGUGGUUCUAGUCGAAGAUACGAUGACUGGGAGCGGUAUUGUGAAAGUCGGAGCAGGAGGCAUAGGAGUACAAGCCCUGGACACCGGAGAGGACGAAGUAGAAGCCCUGGGGGAAGGCGCAAACGAAGCCCAGUUAGGGAAGGUAGCGAGGAGAGGCGUGCUAAAAUUGCACAAUGGAACAGGGAAAGGGAACUGCAUGAAGAAACAUCAAAGAACGUCAAUGCUGACAAUGGUAACAAUGACAAUGGGCAAAUGAAAAAUGGGAAUAACUAUGAAUAUCAGCAGCAGAUACCACCGGAGCAAAGAGAAUAUGGAUACUGA